CGUUCAAUGAGCAAAUCAUUUUCCAGCCACCAGUUGUAUAGCGUGUCCCUGUCCGGAGUAACGCGUCGUCGCAGCGACAGUAGCAGCAGCAGCAGCAGCAGCAGAAGCAGCGGCGGACAACCAGACAGCCAGCAUCACCGGCACCACUCGGGUGCGAACGUCUCGUUCGAGUACCCACCCACCCCCGUCCCCCCCCGUCUGGGAUUUUUACAAAACCAUAAACAAAAACACCCGUAAUCGCUUUUCAUCGCUCUUGCGGUUUUCUCGCCUCACCCUCCCGUACCGGUCUCCCGCCGAUAACCACUCCGUAGCCGACGGAUUUUCGAAACUCGAACAGCCGAACCGUGCGCACCGUACUGGGGUAAGUCUGAAACAAAUUAAUAUCGUAACUUAUUACCAUUCACUACGGUAAUUAUUGUAACACGUAGGUACCGAAAUGUAUUAUUUCUAUUAUUAUUGUUAUUAUUAUACGAUCGGGUACCGCCGUUUGAUUUUUCGAUUUUACUAACCUGACUUAACCUCGUACCAAUAAUAAACGGCUGAUACCGGUACAAUAAUAUUACAAGUACGCGCCGAGGGGGCGGAAUAGCGGCCGGCCACCCCGCCGCUCCGUUGAAAACGCGGACGGUAGGCGAAACCAAAUUGAAUAAAAAAUCGAUAGGUACCACGAACGUUUUUUUCAAAAGCCCUUGACAUUUUCCGGCCUGCGCUUAUACACACACACACACAUACGGUAUUGCGGUCUCUUUCCAGUAAAUUCCAAACGUUUCGAGUCGCGAUGGGGGCGGGGGGGAAGGGUUUCGUCUUUUCAUUCGUAUUUAACAACAUUGUAGACCGGUCUCUGGCGCCGCGGCCGUCCGUAGAAUAAUAUUAAAAAGGAAAAAAAAAAAUAAACGAACUCCGUUUAACGCGAUAUUAAACCGUGCUGCGGGACUACGUUACCGCUUGACACGUAAUAUUAUGCCGAUUAUUAUGUUAUUAUUGACGUGCGGCGGUGUCGCAAUCGCAUACGCGGUGGCAAAAAACGUAGUAAAAAAAAAAAAAAAAAAAAAAAAUAAUAAUAAUAAUAGUAAUAAAUAAAAAUAACACGUUCCGUACGCGAUAAUAUCGUGUGUUGUGCGCGUGUAAAAACGGGGAAAAAAAAAAAACGCAACGAAAAUGUGUGUCGCCACUCGGUUGACAACACCGCGGGUGCAACACAACCAACCACCUAUGGGUUUUUUAGACGUUAUCACGCGUGUUGCCGGCGUGCGCGUCGACGGAGCGCACCUGCCGCGGCGAGAGGUCAAACGCGCCGCGGGGGAGAACGAACGAAAACCGAGCGCGAAAUACCGUCGGCGGAGUCGCCCGGCGGCCCGCGGCCACGGCGUGUCACCACCGCAGUCGGGACGACUGGCUGGCUGCAUUGCGACCGGGAACGUUCGAUUCGUUAUUUAUUUCUCCCGAUCCCCCCCCCCCUCCCCGACGUUGUCAUAUUUACGACGGUUUACGUUUGGUACGCUGCCCAUAACAAUUGUCGGUCGACGCGGCGAUUUUCUCGACUUGGCGCGUCGUCGGCCGAAUUCGAUCGGAAAACGGGAAUUUCAAAACGAAACGAUAUCACGCGGCGGCACGUUACCGAGUGGGGUGGGGGGGGGGAUUUUCUUUGCGGAUUUCGAGCGGUUCCCGACAAAAACGAGAAAAAAAAAAAGGGCGUGCAUUUCUGCACGUAACGUUCUCGGCCGCCGUUUUCGCGGUACAGUCGGACGGGACAUUAAUUCUUCGGUUUGGUUUCGACGAUUUAUCCGCGUCGUUGUUUUGUUUUUCUCCGAAAACACAUUACCCGUAACAAUAAUAUUAUCGCGAAAAACGUUUUCGAAAUGUUUUGCCAAUAAUCGCACGUCGCGCGUCGUCGGCGGUAUAGGUACGAAAACAGAUAUUAUUAUUAUUAUUAUCAUCGUCACAAUAUUCGCCGCGUAUAAUAAUAUUGCUGCUGCGGUUGUGUGUACAUUAUACCUACCUCCAUAGCCAGCCAGUGCGGUACGGUGACCUCGUCCGAUUUAAUUGGCCAUAAAAAAACAAUUGGGCAUACGUGCCGCCGCGACGUUGAUCCACGUGAAAUCGAAAAUGUUUUUUUUUUUUUUUUUUUCUGUCUCUUACGCGUUAGUCGUAUUUUCGUAUUUUUGUUUUUUUUUUUCCAUCCGAGGGAAUUCGCACGCCGGCCGCGGUAUACUGACGCAAUCGACCGCCGCCGCCGUCACCUGUCCCCGAACGUCAACGGGGUUGGGGGAGAGGGUGGCGGGCGGGGGGGGGAAAGUCGUCGAUUUUCUCCCGCGUAAACGAAAAAUUGUUUUCGCGCCACUCCGAUGUGUGGGGGACGUGGACGCGUAUGCACCGAACGCGAUUGAACCGUUUUACACCGGGUUAUUGCAUUACGAUAGUAUACUCGUACGCCCGCUCCAGCGCGUUUUGUUCGCGCGUACGAAUUAAAAAUGGCGGCGCAUAAGGGCCGAAAGUAUCUACGGAAAUACGAACGCAAACGCAAUAAACAAACGAUAACGGUACAAACACCGCCGCAGUUUUUUACCCCCCUUACGCCGGCGUUUUUGUUCACGAUAACGCCCGCGGCGUGUAAAUGUUGGCAUCGUGAUUAUUUCAAUACGCGUGUUUCGAUCGCGGGUAAUGAAGCCGGUGUAGGUGCCUACCUACCGGGUACAAUUAAUGUCGUCGGUGGGUGGGUAUUAUGAAUUAAUUCGGCCGCCCGACUAUAAAACGUCAAGAAAAUAAAAAAAAAAUUAAACAAUAAUCACUGUGUGUGUGCGUUUUAUACGAAUAGGUGUACGUGUGUGCGCGCGCGUAUAACAUUGCAGUGUACUUAUAAUAUAAUAUACUUGUUGCGCGCGCGAGUUUUUUUUUUGUUAAUAUUAUUAUUAUUUCAAACGGAUGUAAUUUAAUUUCGCCAAGGUCCACGAGAUCGGACUACAAUAACAAGUUACAAAAAAAAAAAAAAAAACAAAAAAAUGUGUAUGUAUAUUCACAGCCCGUGAACUCUUAUAUAGGAUGCAUUUUUUUUUUCUCAUCCUAUUAACAGCUACCGUACCCACGUAGCUACCUAAAUACAAUACGACGACGGCGACAAUCGAUUUGAUUUCGAAAAAUAAGUGCAUAAAUUACCACGUGUAAUGGAUAUAUUAUUAUACACAAAUUUCAUAUACCACGUAAAAUAAACUGUACUGGUCGUAUUAAUUUGUUUAAAACCGAACGGUUUCCUUGGACCGAGUUCGCGACCAACGUAACCAACACUUUGUUUUACGCAAAACAGAAAAACAUCGAAAGCUCGCGCCUAAUAUUCUUACAGGUCGGAUUUAUAUUUAAAUCGAUCGAUUUUAUUCGACGACACGAAUUAUUAUUAACAGCAGCGUAUUCAACAACUACUGUGGAGAUGUUUAAAAACAAAACAAAAAUAUAACCAAGUGUACGUUAUCAUAUCGUAGUAGUCGAAUAUUUACAUCGACUUUAGUAGUAAACAACUUGACAUUUUACUACAAUACCCGCGUAAACACGUUAAAACCCGUGCAAACAUUUAAGAGUAGUAUUUUUCAAUAAUUUAUUAAUUUUGAAAUCGGGUUAACCCGGUUUUUCGUGUGUCAAAAUGAAGACGCGGUAAUUUAACUACAUUAUUGGUAAGGUACCUAUCGAAUAGUAUUAUUUCGAAUUUGUUGUAAACGAAAAUGCGCAAGUACGUAGUAUGAAAAUAAUUUGGGUGUGUAAAACUACUGGUAAAUUUACAUUAUUCGAAAAGUUGAAACACGCCAUCGUAAAUUUGAUAGCAUGAUAAUAGGAGAUUGUCAAAUCUCGCAUACACACCCUGCAUGUAUUUAUUACGGAAAGUCAUGGAAAACAGUUUUUUUUUUAUCGAUAUUUUACGCAGAAUUAAAUAUUAUGCUUAUUUAAUUAUUAAUGCUCUCUAUAUUCGCGUCCCAUCACGGGACCCUACGAUAUUAUACUGACAAUUAUCUCGUAAUAAAUACGAUAAGUAAUAUUUUUUUUUUUUGUAAUUUAAUCUCGAUUGUGUUUAUUUUUUUUUUUCUUUCAUUUUACAACAUAAUAUUCUUAUUAAAGAAAUGCGUUUUAUUAUCAAAUAAUUGUAUCGCACAGGCACAUAUAUUCCUAUACACGCAUAUAGAUGGAUAAAAACAAUGGUUUUAAACAUAAUAUAAAGCCUUGGUUUUACGUUAUCUAUACCCACUAAUAAAAUAAUUAAUUAUUUACUCCAGCGUCUUAAAUAAUAUUGCAUUUUAUGUUGUCGCGAUGUGUUUACCGAGUCAUUAUGCCGUCAUUAUCGUUUAUGUAACCAUUAUUAUCAUUAUAACCUAUAUGGUUAACAUAAUGUUAUAAUAAUACAACUCGAAAAUAUGUUGUCAAACAUCAGAUAUAGGUAGGUAGGAUAUCAUUGCAGUAUUAUAUAAAUAAUAUAACCGUGUUAAAUAUUAAUAUAGUAUAUUGUAAGCUGCGUAAUAUUUUUUAGAAAUAAAAAAAAUCAUAAAAAUCGAUGGAAUAAUUAAGAAGAUGGCACACUUGCGUCUACCAUCGGACAACAUAAUGUAGCAAAAUUUCGUUAAGAGUGUAAAUCGGGGCGUUUAGGUUGAAAUCGGAUUUUGAAACACAAAUAAUAAAAUGUUAAGGGGCGACAAUUUUCAAGAGUUGUAAUCCGUAUUUUCAUAUUAGUGUUUUUUAAUAACUGUAACUUUUUAUACAAAACGUUGAAUAAAAAAAAUCUACUUACUACGUUUAAUCUUCAAAAUAUUCUCCGUUUCAAAUUUUGUUAUUUGUGUUUAAAACUCUAAUUUCAACCUAAACGUCAAAAUUUAUGUUCUAAUAAGUGACGCAAUUUCACUAAGUUAACCGUUAGUUAAGUCUAAAACAGUAGAUGAGGGUUAAUACAGUUCGUUACAUAGGUAAAUACAAUAUAAUGAUAAUAAUAUAUAGGUGUUUGAAGUAUAGUGUGUCACUAGUAAAAUCACUAUGUCCCUCAUCCCGUCGUAUAACAUGCACAGUUUUUAAAUUCUAAGCUAAGCGAGUAAUGUAUUGGUUUCCUAUAUUUUUCAUUUUUCUGUCAAACUGCACUUUUCCACCAGAAAUCUUGCCCGAUCGAAAACUUUAUAGAAACUUUCUUGUAACAUUUUUGAUCUACGUAAUUGGUGUGUUAAGGUUUGUUUUUUGAUUUUUCUUAUAGUUUUCUUAAUGAAUUAGUUGUACAAUUUUUGUUAGUAUCUGGAUUAUCUUGGCAACAAGGAAAAAAAAGCGACUAAUAAUACCCUGCUCAGAAUCGUUUUUCGUUAGCAAUGGUAUAUUGUUUCAUAAAAACAGCGAUGUACCCAGUUUUUUCACAAAAUAGUAAUGUAAGCUAUUCAACUGUGAAUACUUGUUUUUAAAACAUUAUUCAAUAUUCAUUCCACGCAGAGGACAUAAAGUUUAUUAUCUCAAAAGACUAUGAUCCGCUUCCCGUAUUUAGGUUGAGGGACGGUGAUCUGGUGAUUAUGUUUAUACAUUUGUAAAUACUUUUGCAUAUUUUGUAUUAAUAAUAAUAUAGAUACGUUUUCCUAAGAGCUUUGGACUAGAAAACUUGCUAUAGUUAUCAAAUUCAUUUAUAGUGUCUGAUAGCAAAUUUUGGUUAGUUGUAUUGUGGAAGUCAUUUUUUUCCUUGAACAUUUUUUAAUAAUGUGAGCAAAACAUCAAAUGAACAAGAAUAAGAUUAAUUUUAUUUUCGAUUUUGUAUUUCCGUUCUAAUUUUGCGUAGAAUAAUUGUAGAGAUUUGACAUUUUACUAAAAACACUUUUAAAUUUUUACUUAUAUCAAAUUUUCUUUUCUAGACGAAGUAAAACUUUUUAAAUAUUGUGGGAUUUUUUAAUUAUUUAUAGCUGUUUAAAAUUCUCGAAAACUUAUUUGGUUUUAUGUAGAUACAAUUUUGUAAGUUCAUAUAAAUGUUAAACAAAUUGAAACUUAGUUUAUCACAAGUUGUACUUUAUGGUAUAACAAAAAGUUAAGCACUACACCGUAAAUAAUCUUUAUGUACAUUAUAUUUUCAUUAUCCAGCUUGGUAUAACUAUCUGCUACAGUUCUAAACAUUUUUUUUUUUAUAAAUACUAAUUUUUAACUAAAAUCAUAGUAAAGGGAUAAUUUUCUAGUAAAAUAAUUUGAAUUAAAACUCAUUCUUACCUAAAAUCGUAUUUUGUAAUGCAUUAAAACAGUUAAAAUAUUAAACGUCUGAUCUUUUCUGCAAGAAUAUUAAAUACAUUUUCUGGAUCUUUUUCAAUAUUAGUGAAUUUUUUAUGUAUUGACCAAUUGUGAACUUAUCAUUGUAUUUCUAAUCCAAUUAUCUAUUCACCUCAUAACAUUCUUAAAUGAAGAUUCACAUGACGCAGAACUUAUAGGUAUUGUCAAUGCCUCUUGGAUAAGUUUAUACAAAUAUUGUCUAUAAUAGGUAUGAUAAUGUCUUUAAUUUCAAAGCAUUCUUUAUUCAAUAUACUUUUUAUGGCUAACAUUGAAACGACUGAAGCCUUUAGGUAAUCUAAACUUAUGUUCAGUAUUUCUAGAAAAUUAAAAUUAAAUUAAAAAAGUUGUAUUCAAAUUGUAUUUUAAAUCCCAUUAUAAUUUUGAAAUUCUUAGAUAGGUACCUCUUACUUAUUGAGAAAACUCAAUACUUUCAUUAAAUUUUUAUUUUAUCGAAUGUCUUCGUCUCAAAUUGACUUUUAAACUUUCUGCAGAGAACUUAUUUUUCAUGGCAUUAAUUACUCAAUCUAUUUUAAAACAUAUAUUUAAUUUCCAAUAAUCGAAAUUUAAUUUUUCGGUAUCUAUAGGCAUUAUUUAAAUCAGAACAUUCAUCCUCAGUUAGAACUUAUUAUAGGCACUAGUAUUGAUUCUGUCUAGAUACGUUUUUAAACUAGAAAUAAAAUAUUUAAUUAUAGGUAUGUUAAUAUUUUUUUACUUAACGUUUUUCAGAUAAAAUCAUAACAGUUUAACAUAACGAUUUAAAUUACAGUAAGAUACAGUAGUGAUUGAAGGGAGCUAAAAAGUUUCUGUGCGGACUAUAGCUCCCAAAGCUCAUAAUAUAUUUUACGUUAAUGAUAAAAAUUGUAAAAAACCACGAAUAAUUGUAAUUUAUUUUGUGGUUGAUUACAAAUUAAUAAAAUUGACACGAGUUAACCUAACCGGGGCUGCCAUAAUCUCUGGGACAACGGGUCGGUCCAUCUCGCUGAGUGCACUAAUUACUCAACUAUAAAAAUUAAAAAAUUGAACUACACAAUUACCUAUGUAUUUUGCAAAAUAACCUCAAGAGAAAGGCUUUUUAUAAUAAAUGUAGAUAUAUUUAGCUUGAAUUAACAUAAUAUAUGAAUUUAAUAUGUUUUUAGCUCCGCCUCCAUUGAAAAAUACUAGGUACGACACUGAAUACAGAUGUAAAUUAAAUUACUUUACAUACCCUCCUUUCUAACUUUCCUCAUAAAACAGUGGCACAAUCAUCAACAGUAUUGACCUUUUUUUUUUUUCAUUGGGUAGGUACCUAAAUAUAAUACUAUAUCAAAAAAAAAACUACUAGGUAUGUUAGGGUACCUACUAAUGAUGUUAAAUUAUUUUAAUUCGGCGAGACGAUGGUAAUGUUUUCUUCGAUGACAACAGUUCUUCGUACAAAACUGUCAGGGACUUUAUCGCUUUCACUUUAUAUAUAUAUAGGUUGUAGCAAAUGAUUUUUUUUUUUGUCUUCUACGUUUUAUAUCAUAGGUAUACGAAGUAGGUAUAGUUACUUAUAAUAUAUUUUAAUUUCUCUUAUAAAUCAUGCAAUUUACCGUUGUACACACACACGCACACACGUCGUUAAUUAAUCAAUUAGAAACGCGAGAUGGAAAGGGGGUACCUCAAGGACACGUUAUUAAAGUGACUGUUAUAAUAAUAAUAUGUGGACUCUCCGCAGUGCACGUUCAUAUAUUAUAUUGUUUUUAUAAUUUUAUUAUUAUCCAUCAAGACAAUGUUUCAUCAAAGUUCUGAGAGAUAUCAAUCAACUAUAGGAAUACCACAAAAUACGAUAAUAGGCUAAAUCAAUAUAUGACUGACCGUUCACUAUUUUGAUCCGGUCUAUAAACUGCAGAAUAGGUAUAUUUUGUUUUAUAUUUUUAUUAUACAUUUAAUUACUGAAAAUUAAUCGGAACGUUAUUUUUUUUUUCACUUUUGAUAGUAUAAUACCAACAAUCGUUUUUAUUUUCAUUAAAUUUCAUCCCAUCAACAAUAUUCAAUAUUAUGUUGUCUCGACCGAUUAGUGACGGGUAAUAUAAUAUUAUUAUAACGGCAUAGAAAGGAUAUUUUUUGGUGAAUUUAUAGGAACAAGAACAUCAAUUCAUUGUUAGCAAAAAAAAAAAAAAAUGUUCCAUUGUCUAUAUUAUUAUUGUAGGACAUCGCAUUAGGUAAUCGGGAGAUGACAAUAAUAAAAUUAUUAUAGCUACAAUAAUAAAUUGCUCAACAAUUUUGAAUAUUUCGAAGGGGAGAAAAUGUUAUUUACAUUUAUAGUAUGGUUAAUUAUUAUUGUGCAAAAACCACGUCAUUAUACUUAAUCUUAGCCAGACAAUAUUAUAUAUGCGUCGCUAUAAAUGCAGAAAGAGCAUAAUAAUUAUGCUUAAUAAUUAUUAGGUAUUAUACCUAUAUUCAAAUUUUAAACAUUAUUCAAAAAUACAAAAAUAUCUCUGAAAACAGUUGAAAAACAAAUUGCAUGUAUAACUAAUGUUAUCAGUAACAUCAUCUGAAAUAUUAUAAAACUCUAGGCGUUUAAAGAGUUUUUUUGUCUUGCUUGAAAAAUGUUAACUUGUACCUAUUCUACAUUUAGCGAUUCAUGUAGGUUCUUAAAUAUAAAUUUUACAUUUUGUUAAUAUAUGUAGUGUCUGACAACAGUAGUUAGCAUAGGGCGUGCCAGACUUAAUUAAAUUAAAUCAAUAAUUCUGUCGUCCGUCUCGUAUUAUGGCAGGACGUGCCUGGUGCACGUUCAAUUGCUAUAAUAUAAUGGAAUAAUGAUGCGCCUUGUAAAAUAUUUGGAGAGCGUACAUAAAUACAAACGAUGAAUUUUUACUAGUUUUGAGACUUGAGCCAAGUCCUUGGCGAUGGUGUUAGUGCCUUGACACAAAACGAAUUAACUACUGACGACAGACUGAAAAUAUCGAAUACUUAAUUAUUAUAGAUAAUUUUUACAAUUCGAUAAGGUUCAUUUUCCUACUCUUAUAUACUUUUAAUUCCAAAACUAUUACGAAAUCGGAUUAAACUUUAUUUGAAUAUUAAAAUAAUAACAGAGUAUUUUUUUUUUUUCUAGAGUUAUAUUUGAGAAAUUGGUCACGACAUGGCAACACGUAGCAUAUCCGUUAUAGUGUUGGCGACACUAUUGGCUUGCGUGUGCAAUGUGAACGCCAUUCUAUCCGAACAGUUCGACUGUCCGGAUGAUUGCGACUGUCAUCUCUUCAGAAUUAACUGGGUGACGGACUGUUCGGAAUCAAACUUCACGUCUAUGCCGUACGAAGGACUUGACCCAAAUGUCUACGUGCUUAACAUGAAUGGGAAUCUGCUAAAAGACAUCGAACCAUUCCCGUCAGAAAUCAAACUCAGAACGUUGCAGUUGUCCGAAAACAUUUUAACCAAAAUUAAAAAAUCAACAUUCGCCGGACUCCAUUACUUGUUAGAUAUCGAUUUAUCAAACAAUUUAAUCAAUUACGUUGAUCCCGAAGCAUUUGUGUAAGUCAAUAAUUCAGAUAUCUCUCUAUUGUUAACUUUGCCACGACUCGGUUUAUAGAGGAUUUUAUACCAAGUCCAUACAAGGUCUUUUUUACGGCUUUUAACUAUAGUUGUAUCAUUUAAAUUAAACAAAUUGAGUCACAGUUUCCAUUUUUGCCCGAUCAAGGUCGAUUUUAUUCCUAAGUGAUGACGUCUAUAAAAACCGUUUGGACGACGACAGUAUAAAAAGAACAUAAUAUUAUUAAAUUAAAAUUAAUUCCAUCUAAAACAAAAAAAAUACAAUAAAAACAGAUUUAGUUAACUCAUGAUGAUCAAUAACAUAUUUUCCAAACAAUUAAAAUUAAAUGUACCUAUAUUAUAUUAUUUAACGACUGUUGUUUGAUCAUUUUGUGUAUAAUGAGUAAUAUUAUACAUUAAUUAGAUACUUGAAAAAAUGUUUAAUUACAUCGAUUUGUUACAAUACAAAUAUCCAAGAAAAUCCUAAAAAAUAAAAAUGAUGCAAAUAAAUAACUUUAAUAUUUAAUUCUGUAAAAUAAAUAGGAAGCAUAAUUAAUAAAAAUAAUUGUAAUAAUCACAAUCGUCGUGAUUGUCCUAUAAACGUAAUAAAUAUUUUAAAACUAAUCAGGAACAAUUAUAUGUGUUACAGGGAUAGCGCUGGAUUGAUUACUUUAGAAUUGCAAGGAAACCCAUUGGAACAAGUUGACGGCCCAUUUUUAUAUUCCAAAUCAUUGCUGUAUCUUUAUCUAGCCGAUAAUCAUCUAUCAAAACUUUCGCCUCAAUUUUUCGCCAAUAUCAGUGGUCUGGAUAAACUUGACCUUUCUGGAAAUCCUCUACAUAUCAUUGAACCUGGCAUAUUUGAUCCACUUACUAGUUUAAAACAUCUAAUUCUUAACAACUGUAAUCUUACACAUAUAUCAAGCGUAGCGUUUAGUAGUCUUGGACAUCUGACGAUAUUAGAAUUGGCUGGAAACAGUCUCAAAAGUCAUAUAGAUUGGAUCUUAAUAUUGGGUAAUUUAGGUAGACUUGAACAUCUUGAAUUGAGGCAAUCUGGCGUAUCAAAUUUACCGGAAAAUGUAUUUUUCAAUAAUACUUGGCUACGGAGUUUGGUGUUGGCCGAAAACGAAUUAUCUGAUCUUGACGUGGCUACUACUUUAGGGCAUAAUUUAGUUCACUUGGACUUUCUUGACCUCAGUUACUGUCAUUUGAAAGGACCUUUAUCCGAAGAUGCGUUCGCGAACGCUACAAAAUUGCGUACGCUCAUACUAUCUGGAAAUCAUUUGUCCGCUAAUGACUUAGCAGUGGCACUUUCGCCUUUAUUAAAAUUAGUGAAACUGUCAUUGAGAGAUUGUGGAUUAACACGUUUACCAGCUAAUACUUUCCAUAAAUUUACUAGCUUACAAGAGUUAGAUAUUUCAAGAAAUCCGUUAAACAAUGCCUUUACGGCGCUCUUAUCUCCCUUGGAAUCAUUGGAACAUUUAGAUAUGGGCUAUAGUAAUUUACAAAGAAUAUCAAGAACAACUUUCUUCAAAAUGUCAGCUUUAAAAACACUAAUUUUGUCCGGUAAUAAACUUAAAAGUCUCGAAUCGGGUCUGUUCCAAAAUCUUACGCGCUUAGAAGUAUUGGAAUUAAAUAACUGUGGACUGAGCCGUUUGAAUGAUACAGUAUUUUAUGAUAACUUUACAUACCCAGACUUGGAAGAGUUGAGGCUGUCAGGAAAUCCACUGCAAGUUCCUGAACAAGGCCCGAUAUUGCCCCCUCAAUUAUCUGGCUUAAAGAAUUUAGACUUGAGUAAAUGUAAUUUGAGUUAUUUACCCGAUGAUGCUUUCACAACAACGCCCAAUAUUAGUAGAUUGUUGUUAAAUGAUAAUAAAUUAAAGAACGACAAAGACAGCUUCUUAAAGUUUUUAGAAUCCUUAGCCGAACUCGAACAAUUAGACUUGAGUUUUAAUAAUAUAACAACUGUUACACCUGAUAAAUUCAGUAAUAAUUAUCAACUCAUGUCAUUGAAAUUAAUAGGUAAUCCUUGGAAAUGCGAUUGUUAUGUUGUAAGAAUGUGGGAAUGGGCUAGCGAAAAAGGAAAUAUAGGAAUUUUAGUCAGUUCUACGAAAUCAAUGGCUUCCAACAUGAACAAUAAGAAAACGAAAAGUUUAGUGUGUAAUUUCGACCCUAAGAGUACGCCUGUCAAGCUAGUGAAACCAAGACCAGGACGAGAACUUACUGUACCUGUACCGCGUACAUGGGCUAGGUAUGUUCGUGAGGCGAACUGUCCACGUGGCAAUUCAAGACAGACCAGAGUCGUAAGAGAAAUUCACGAAUACCAGUCAAUGCCACUUAUAUCAGAAAUUGAAAACGAAACGCAAACUAAAUGGCUACCUCUUAUGAGUUUUUGUGCCAUUUUAUUGAUAGUUUCAUUAGUAAUGAUGAGUAUUUUGAUUAAGCGCAAUGACAAGACGAUAAAAAAGGAUAAAGUAAUUUUAAAUGAUAUUUCGCAAGAAGUGAAUGACGCAGUACAAUUCAAAGGAAUGAAAAAUGUAUCUCGUAGAACCAUAAAAUGACAAACUUGUAGAAAAAACAAUAUUUCCGAUAAAAACAAGUUAAAGUAUUAAACAAGUAUAUUCUUUAUUAUUAUUAUUAUUAUUAUACAUUUUUAGUAUCCAAACACUCUACUAGCAUGCCGAACAACACAUAAAAAAAAAAAAUAAAAAAUAAAUAUAAAUAGUAAAUUCAUACUUGGAAAUUUCGGAACUUAAUCAUUCAAUAACAAUAUAUAUGAGUACAUUAUGUUCAAAUUGUUCAGUAUUCGUUUUCCUAGCAGAAAAGUUCCUAAUUUGAUAGUCGGUCAUUAUAGUGGUGUUGGAUACAGUCAAUCAAAAUCAAUGUUUCUCACUUUUAUAUUUUCAUUCCUAAUGCAAGGUAAUUCAGUGCAGGGUAAAUAAUAAACUUGCACAUUUUUAAAUGAACAAUAGACUACUAGUCGAGUUUUACUGUUUAUUUUAUUUUUAUAAUUAUUAUUUGGAUUGACUGAUCAAAUAUUAUUAUGUAUUGUACAAUAUAAUAUCCUAGUUAUUAAGCUGUUAAUGUAUUAUUUAUGCACGCUCUCUGUAAAGCAACAACUUCAUACCAUAGAAUGUGAUUUUAGCCUUUGAUCAUAUAUAUAAUAUAUAUUAUUAUUAUAAUCACGGCUUAGAAAAAUAGGCCUAUAUAUUAUUACUAUUUAUGAAAUAUAUAAUAUAAUAAUUAUAAUAUACAUUACCAACCUAAUAUAAUAGCAUUAAGAUACUUAGAUGUAGAAAAAAUAAAUAUUCAUGUAUUCUUGUUACGAUAUUUGUAUCUAUUAAAUAAAAUAAUGUAUAUCUCAAAGUAUAACGAUAUAUUAUAAUAUACAUAUUAUAAAUAAAAUAUGUGCACUUGUUUGAUAUUAAUUGCCCUAUUGGUAUUCUUCCCAAUGAAAAUAUUUCUUAGAAAUAUUAUUUUUUUUGUAUUAUUAUUUUAGUAGCACAAAAUAAAAUAUUGCAUACUAAUUCUAAAUAGAAAAUAAAUCAUUAUAUUUUAUAACAUUGUGGUAAAGUGUAAACUGGAAAUAUUUUAUUAAAUUAACCAUGUGAAAGAGUAGAUAUUUUACUUAAUUUUAUUAGUAAAAAAAGACAAUUUAGAUUCUUAUUGGUUAUUAAUAAAGUCAAAACACAUUAAGUGUACAUUGUAUACAACAUUUAUAAUAUUAUAUAAAAUAUGAUUUUAUUUAAAGUUUUGUUUCAUUUGAUUGUACGGAUUCCACACUAAAAUGUACUACCAAUUAUAAAAGAAGUUUGUUUUCUUUGUGAACUCUUAAAAUGUUCAUUACUAUACAAAUAUAAUUCAUACACAAUUUUACAAAAAUAUAAAUUGACACUAAACUUAUUUGACUACAAUAACUUAUAUAAUUUAAAAGAAACAAAGUUACACUUCAAUUGUUUUUAAACACUUUUUAAUGUCUUCCACAAUAUUCAUACUGAAUUUUUUACUAAACAAGUUAUUUAAACUUACAUUACAAGUUGUUGAAACAUUUUCAAUAAUGCCAUUUUUUACAGACAAAAGAACAGAUUGCUCAUUUGAUUUUAUGGUUAUGUUAAAUUUGGGCGUUCGUCCAUACCGCCAUUCCCAGCUUUCCAUUUCUUUUUUAAUUUCAUUAAAUCCUGUU